CACCGCCUAUCACCAAACUGGUCUACCCCGCGCCUUCCGAGAGUCUGUUUCAUCGCGCGUCCCGACCGUGACACGUUGAAUCCGAGAUUUUCCUCCCUCCGACGAUAUCCACUCAGAGAACCGGGCGCUUGGAGCGUGUGUGAUUGAACAUGGGCAAGUCACAGUCGAAGCUCUCCCCCUCGCAGCUGGAGGAGCUCCAGAAAGCGACGCAUUUCGACAAGAAGGAACUGCAGCAAUGGUACAAAGGCUUCCUCAAGGACUGUCCAUCGGGGACCCUCACCAAGGAGGAGUUCCAGAAAAUCUACCGACAGUUCUUCCCGUUUGGUGACCCGUCGUCGUUUGCGAAUUAUGUGUUCCGGGUGUUCGACUCGGAUAACAGCGGGAUGAUUGACUUCAAGGAAUUCAUCUGUGCGCUGUCGGUCACGUCGCGGGGCAAGAUGGAGGACAAGCUGGACUGGGCCUUCCAACUGUAUGACAUUGACGGCGACGGCAAGAUCACAUAUGACGAAAUGCUGGCGAUCGUCGAGGCGAUCUACAAGAUGGUGGGCUCGAUGGUUAAACUGCCCGAGGAUGAAGAUACGCCGGAGAAGCGGGUGCGCAAGAUCUUCCGCAUGAUGGACAAGGACGAGAACGGCAGCCUGGACAUGGAGGAGUUCAAGGAGGGCAGCAAGCGGGACGAGACCAUUGUGAGCGCCCUGUCGCUGUACGAUGGACUGGUGUAGAUCGGCUCCAAAUCGACGACUACUGCCUGGGCACAGGCCAUGGUUGCUUCUUCGCAUCCCUGCGCGGACUUGGAUGUGACCCUCCCUCGGUGAAUUGGCGCUAACUGUUGAGCUUUUGCUUUUUCUCCUUUCGUCGUUGCUUGAUUGAUCUACUUGUCUUUUUCUUUUUUUACUAUUUUUCUUUUCUCUCUUUCUUUCUUUCUUUCUUCUGGCUGUGUCUUCAGGAUUCCCAUUACUGCUCGUAUCCCAAAAAGCGGCCAGCUCGGGACCCGCCGGGGUGCCUGGCAUUAGCGGAUACCGGGGGGGUCGGAUGUGCUGUGCUUAUCAGGAGGGAACUGAGUGGACGAGUGGCUGUUGAGGUGCCCUGAAUAUGUACAAAGAAUCAGGAGGGUCGGGUGCCUCGGCAGUGCAAUUUGACUGGCAAAUGGUGGCUACGAUGCGUGUAUCAUGUAUAU